UUAAUCACACCCAAGAUAAAUACUUCAUUUUCCGGCCUUUGGGCGAAAACAGACUGAAACAGUCAGAGAGAAAUUGGCGAAGAAGAUGACCUCCAUUACUGCACUGAAGCUCACUCCUGCUUUCUUCUUCUUCUUGUUUCUUUCUACAUUAGUUUCUGGAAAAACUUCUCGCGAUGUCACGGAGUUGCAGAUUGGUGUGAAGUAUAAGCCAGAAUCUUGCGAAGUUCAAGCUCACAAAGGUGAUAAAAUCAAAGUACACUACCGGGGGACACUCACCGAUGGAACUGUUUUUGAUUCUAGCUUCGAUAGGAAUGAUCCAAUUCAAUUUGAACUUGGCUCUGGCCAAGUGAUCAAAGGAUGGGACCAAGGACUGUUGGGAAUGUGUGUUGGUGAAAAGCGAAAGUUGAGAAUACCAGCUAAACUUGGUUAUGGGCCGCAGGGUUCUCCACCUACUAUCCCAGGUGGGGCAACGCUUAUAUUUGAAACCGAGCUUGUUGAAGUGGUUGGGAAAACAUCAACAAAGGAUAGCGAGCUCUAGUUAGUUAGUCAGCUCAGCCUGACAGCUACACUAUUUCCUGUUGUGGCCAUUUUCUGUCUCUGCUUUUUCUCCAAUGAAAUUCUAAGUCUUCUCUAGUGCCCUUAUUCGUCUUUGUUUUUCAAAGUCUAUUAUUAUUAUUAUGCUUUUUCAGUCAAGCUUCAGGACUUUUAGAAAAAUUAAACAUUAUCUUAUGAGAAGGUUUUGUAGUGGCGUGUGGAUUUUCUUAAAGUUUUAAUACUCCGAGUUAGAAGGAAAAAAGAAAAAGAACCCACUUCUCUUCCCUUUUGCUCUUUUCCCAAAAUAUACUUGUAAGAUGGUCUUGGUUUGGAUUCCCUCGUCCCAGUCUGUUAGAAGCGUCAUGAGAUAAUACAUAGAUCAGAUCAGAUCAGAUCAGAGUCUGUUAAAGUCGUAAUCGUAUGCAGCUUUUUUAUCUUUCGGUUUCUUAUAUUAUACUUUCUUUUUCCUUUUUUGUAGCUAACUAGUGAGUACUGUUUAGAACCAAGUUUCUUCCUUUUCUGGUUAAUAAGUACUACUUAGAUUCUUUUCCA